AAAAAAGAAGCCAAAAAAUAUUUUAGUUAAUUAAAACAAAAAAUAUGUCCGAAGUACCGCAAAUCAUUGAACUCGCCAGGGUAGUGGACCCCUUCUUAAAUGGCGGCAAACUGAUUUCUUAUACAAGCCGUUAUCUAACUAAAACUGGUGAAAAUUAUGGUAGCAUUAUGUUAGCUAUUACCGCAAAAGUUCAGAUGCUAUCAGGAGAUGUAGAAGAGCUGGCUUUAGUAGCUAAACUGCCACCUAUAACGAAUGAUUACUUUUGGAAUAUAUUUCAACCGGAGCGCACUUCUAGAACCGAAAUUGCUAUCUACAAGUAUGUCGCUCCUGCCUUACGCCAGCUACAAUGGGAGAUGGAACUAGAUGAAGAGGAAAUAUUUGAUGGUUUUUCCAUUUAUUAUGGAUCAAGAAUUUCUUUAGAUCCGGACUCUACUCGAGUAGAUAGAAACGCUCUCUUGGUACAAGAAAAUCUACAAGCUUCGGGUUUUAAGCCGGGCAAUCGGGAGAAAAUGUUUGAUUUAUCGCAUGCGAAAUUUAUAUUAAAGGAAAUGGCAAAAUAUCACGCUUUACCCAUAGCAUUGCGCGUAAAGAAGCCUCAAGUUUUUGAAGAAGACGUACGUCCUUAUUUCCAGCAUUUUAAUAUGAAUUUAGGCUUCGGGGAAAAGGAAAAAAAACAACUGGAAAAGGAUAUUUUAGAACAAGUGAGUAUUGCUACCAACAAUACAGAUCGUUACGUGGAGGGUGUUAGGGAACUCUAUAGAGAUCUUCAAAAGUACCGAGAUUCCGUUGACGAAGUAAAGGACAAUUUAUACACCACCAUCACACACUGUGAUCUAUGGAUUAAUAACAUUAUGCUUAAAUAUGAUGAAAAUGGCUUACCAUGUAAAGUGAAAUUUGUGGAUUUUCAACUAUCUCAAUAUGACAGCUUAGCGCAUGAUGUCGUGUUCUUUCUAUUUUCGAGCGUAGAAAGCGCUGUGCUGGACCAACAUUUUGAUAAACUCAUUUCAUUAUAUUAUCAAUCAUUUUUGAAUUGUUUGAAUUCUUUAAAAAUACCAACCGAGAGCUAUUCUUAUGUGGGUUUCUUGAAAGAAGUUCAUAAACGAGCUCCUAUUCAGAUCGCUACUGCUCUAUUUAUGGUGAAAAUAAUUUUGGCUGAUCAUUCUACAUUGCCUGAUGAUUAUAAAGAUCUAGAUUUGUCGGUGAUGAGUAAAAAUGUGGGCAAAGAAAACAUUACAAAACGAACUUCCGAUAUAAUACGAUUAGCUGAAAAGUAUAAUUUUUUCUUGUCAAACUAA